GUUCUUUCGGUCAUGACCCAAAGUUACUGACCAUAGGUGAGGGUAGGAACGUAGAUUGACUGAUAAAUUGAGACCUUCACCUUACGGCUCAGCUCCCUCUUUACCACGACAGACCAAUACAACGACCGUAUUACUGUGUGUCCCCACAGUACGAGUGUGUCCCCACGAGGCUUCACCGAAGUCUGAUUGGUCAAAUAUUAGAAUAAAUCUUUUAUUUAAAAUGUAACGACGUCAGUCUGAUCUGGGAGCUGAGAGUCAGGUGACUGAGUAGGUGGUCGAGCUAGUGUUGCUGCGUUCUGUUCUUCUGUUUUGUAGCACAUCACUAACAAGGCUAAAGAAAACCAGCAUGGCGCCACAUUCAGCUGCAGGCUUCAACAACCUGCCCAGAGUCUGAUGGGGGUAAAGACGGCAUCAGUUUAGCUGAAAUAUGAUGUCCAAAUGACAGCAGAUCUAGCUGGACAGAAAACAGCUGCUCAGGAUUUCCAGACAAAAUGAUUUUCUGUCAUUUAUUUAUGAUUUCCAGUCAGAAAUGCAGUCAGUGUGUGGGGAGAGUCUCACUUGUGUUUAUUAUCAUGUGCCAGUAAACACUGAGGAAUACAGCAAUCUGCACACAGUCUGCAGCCUGCAGCUCUGACUACCGGGUUUAGUGGUUAACCGACUUAUCGGCUAGUUAAGGUUUGGUGUCACAGCGACACAAGUUGCUAAGGUGUCAGUGCUUAGCAUUCAGACCUAAAAUGUAUGUGUCUGUCCAGUUACUGACAGCAGUUGUUGGUGGGUCACUGGGUGACUGAGAAUCAAGGAUUCAAGUCAUUUAUUUAUCAGUUCACAAAACAUUAAAUAAAGACUAGAAGAGUGCAGAGCUCCACCAGGUUUACAGUCAGGAUGGCAGUGAACAACAGACAGGAUAAGCCUUGUUUUAGCUUUGCUGACAUUUUGCUAUGUUGUCUUUUGUGGUUAGCUUAGCUUUCUUCCUGCGGUGGCGUUUGGUCCGGCUGGUCUGGCAGUCUGAAGUUGUUGUGGUCAGUGAUGAUCCUGUGGUUUGCUGUCUUAAUCCACACUUCCUGUACCAACACUGAGAGUGUGUUUCUGUUAAAGAAGUUAAUAAACAAAGACCAAAGGUUUUUGUUGAGUUUUUGGCAGCUGAGCUAAACAGAAGGAAAAAGUAAGGUUUGACAACAUGAGAAAACUUUCUGAGUGGUAUACGUGUGAUUACUGCUGUAGUGUUUUACUGAUAAUAUUUUUAUAAACAGAUGGCACUUUGAUACCAUAAGCUCAUUUACACAUUAUAACGAUUCUUCAUGUGCACAGUUUUCUCUUUAAAUAUUAAAUAAUAUGAAUUUAAAAAAUAAACAAUUAACGAAAAGCAAAUUAAUCUAGGUCAAUAUGUAAACACUUUUUUGCUUUUCGCACUCUUUUUCUGUUGUUUUGAGCUGCCACGACAAGUGAAUUUCCCCACUGCAGGAUCAAUAAAGUUCAUCUUAUCUUAUCUUAUCUUAAAUAUAUAAACUGACCGUGAGGCGACAAAGCGAAUGAGGUUCAGUGAGAACACCGUGAUUGGCCCGAUCGAGAUGUCGUCACUCCACUCUUUAUCCUAAUUGGUUACCGUAGCAGCGGACCCCGCCCUGAUCGGAAGCGCGGUAAACUGAUUGUGGAGAUUAAGAAAUGACGGUUGCACUGAAGCUGCUCCACCUGGAGUCACGUUUCCUGCCAUGUGGGACAUUCAGACCCGAGCCAAAGCGUGUCCCAGGAUCCUGUCUGUUAUGCGAGAGGCCACCUAAUGAUGUGUGAUGGAGGUGGACAUCCUGAAGUUCCAGGUUCCUGUGGCCGCCAAUAAGACUCUGUUUGUGUGGGACAUCCAGCCGUCUCACACUGAGACUCAAAUAUAUGACAGGCUGUACGGUGUCUUUUCAUCCUUUGGUCCGCUCUACCUGCUGAAGGUGUGUCCUAAUGGUUCUCUCAGCCCUCCCGGGUUCUACGCCCUCAUCAAGUUCUACUCUGCUGCUCAAGCCUCAGAGGCUCAACGGCAGACCGACGGACGCUCGCUGUUCCAGAGCUCUCCACUCAAGGUGACACUGAGCUCCAAACAGGCACCUCACUUCCUGUCUGAUAGCAGCAGACCUCUGAGCCACGCCCGCUGCAUGGAACUGGCCAAUCACUGCCUGGGAUUCAACGGCUGGACCUCUGACAUCAUCACACUGAAGGAGCUGACCAAUGAAGAGGAAGAGGAGGGUGGAGGCCGAUGGAGGAGGCUGAGGUUUGGCUGUCUGCUGCAGCUCUCCUUCCCUCAUCAUGGACAGACAACCAGAGCAGCGGCAGUAGUGGAAGACAGCUUCACCUGCACAGGUCCAGAUGUUCUGCUACAGAAACGCCGUCAGCUGCAAAAGUUGGUCAGAGAGAAGGCUCUGGUCCAGGCCUUCAAUACAGUACUACUCAUACUACUAGGUAAUGGGAAACUGAUGGUGGAGGUGAAACGGACCUCAGAUCAGUUCCUGUUUGAGCAGACUGACGGAGUCCUCCAGGUGAACCAGUUUGUUCCUGAUGAGGAGGAUGAUGAAGUGUGGGACCCGACUGUGUCAUAGACACCCAGAGGAUUGUGGGAACGAUGAGCUGGGCUCACUCGCAGCUUCAGAUCAUACCUUAAUUUAGUCCAAAAAUGACUUUUAAUUUUGUUAUAAACUGUUUCCUGUUUGUCAGCCUGGUCUGUUUUCACAGACACAUUAAAAAGGGAAGAUAAAAACA